AUGGAGACGACUGAGGACGACGACAAUCCGGAACGGAACUGGAUGGAUUCUAACGAGCUUGCUAGCAAUCCAAGAGACGUCCCGCAUGAAGAUCUAGACGAAGAAGAUGAGGCUGAGGAGGAUACCGAAAACACACCUGCGCCGCCUAAGUCUACUCCAUCAGCUGCCAAGCGCAAGCGCGGCUCAGCAAUGUCACCUGAUGCAAUCAUGGCUCCACCUCCAUCGGUUCACAUGCGAGCAGUAGAGAUGGUCCAGAAGGAAGAGGGCUUGGAAGAAGCAAGAAUAUUUCAAGCGAUUGAUUUCCUUGGACAGGACAACCACGCCGAGGUGUAUGUUUCUCUGACUGAUGCCCUCCGCCCGACUUGGCUCCGAAUGAAGCUGGGCUGGUAG